AUGGCGCGCCGGCAAGUGGUACUGCUGCUGUGGUGUGGACUUGUGGGUUGCGCCGUGAGCUGGCAGGAGGUCUUCGACCAGCAGAUGUACCAAGAUGUUGUAGAUGAAGAGCUCUUUAUCGACGCGAGUGCUAAAAUACCAACUGGUAUCGCUUUGGGAAAUAUAAACGACUUCGGCGACUAUUACCAAUGUCUAAGCAUCGAAGGCACAGUGCAAGAGAUGGUGGUUCAGGGAAAGUACUGCGCGAUCCUGGUUCCUCUACAGCAAGAACCCAUCGAUUGGUCCAAGGUGCCAGAUUGGAACAUCACAUGGCCUCAGAUUCCAGGCCUAAACAAUACCGGACCAAACAUAACGAUGACAGAAAUUAAACCUAAACUCCACUCGAACAAGUGGACGCAGAAAUUGGCUAACUAUGAUGAAGAUGUGCAAUCUAGAAUAUUCCCAGGAUUGGUCCAAAUCCAGCACGGCUCGUUCUUAGGGGUAUGCGUGCCAAAGGUUUGUACGCCUCAUCAGGCGCUGACUCAUUGGCAGCAGGCCAUACCCUUCUUGAACAUCAACUUUCAAGAUUUCUACUGCCGCUUGCCCGGAGACAAGCCCUUUUUUGCAAUUGAUCACGUUGCUAUAAUCUUUAUCACGUUUCUCUUGCUGAUCACUGCGAUAAGCACCACGUAUGACCUGAUGCAGAAGUUUUACUGGAAGCGAGAAGCAUCCGAAGGUAGCGACCUGUUCCGAUGCUUCUCAGUGUAUACAAAUACCGGUCGGCUGCUGAACUUCAGCUCCAACUCCAGAGCGCUGGACUGCAUUGACGGCGUCCGAUCCAUCGCCUUGCUGUGGAUCAUCGUAGUUCACACAUUCUCUUUCACAAUACUCGGAUACAUUCACAACCAGAAGAACUUGGUCAAGUGGAUGAGUCACUACCCGAUCGUGUUGGUCUAUUCGGCGUCUGUCAGCGUGGACACGUUCUUCUUUCUCAGCGGCUUGCUCCUCGUCUAUACUACCAUCGGCAAGGUACCCAAAAAAAUAUUCCUGACUUCGUUACACCUGUUUUAUCUGAACCGGUUCCUACGCUUGUUUCCACUGCUGGCUAUGGGAGUGCUGUUGUCCGCGUCCUUGGUUAACCACAUGGCUGACGGACCGUUCUGGCUCAACGUGGCUCAAAACGCGCAAAACUGCCGCGAGUAUUGGUGGAGCACGGUGUUUCAUAUCCAGAACUACGUCAACCCCUUAAGGACUUGCAUGGCACAAACAUGGUACCUGUCAGUAGACACGCAGCUGUACAUUGUGUCGCCGCUGGUGCUGUGGUGGCUGUGGGGGCAACCCCAGCGCGCGUGGGCCGCGCUCACUGCGGUCACGCUGCUCUCGCUCGUCUGCACUACUGUCAUCAGCUACGUCAACAACUUCUCCGCUGCUAUAGAAGACAUAAACCGCCUCUCAGAGUACAAUAACUACCUGAUGAAGUAUUACGUAAACACGUUUGCUCGCGCGCCGCCUUUCUUUAUUGGAAUGUUCUUCGGAUAUAUACUAAUUCUGAGUAAAGAUAAGAAGAUAAAGAUAUCCAAGAGAAACGCAAGCCUGUUGUGGGUGGGAUCGUUGUUUAUAUUGGCAUUCUGCAUUACGGCGAUAUACCCAGUUCUACAAGAAGACCACACCGCGCAAUGGUUCGACAACUUCCUCAACUCGUACAUGCGAGCCAUAUGGGCGGCCGCGCUGGGCUGGAUUAUCUUUGCUUGUGCUGAAGGAUAUGGAGGUCCAGUGAACUGGUUCUUGUCGCUGUCGAUGUGGAAGCUGACGGCGCGGCUGUCGUACGGCUUGUACCUCGUCCACGUGCCAAUCAUGCUGAUCGCCAACGGGACCUGGGUCAAGACGCACUACGUCACCAGCGGAGAGUUGUUGUACCGGUUCGCAGCGGACUUCGUGUUCUCAGUGAUUGCGGCGUUCACACUAUGUGUCCUGGUAGACGCGCCGUGCAUUACGCUGCAAAAACUAUUGAUUCAACAGCUCGGAGGAAAACCACCACAAAGAACUAAAAAAACGGAAUCUACAGCUAAUAUAGUAGAAGAUGGCGAGGCGACAGUCAAAACUUCUUUAUAA